AUGAUGUGUUAACUACUCUGUGCAGGUGUCUAGUACCGUGGCUGAACAUUUGGCACAUUCCCUUCAAGAUUGCUCAAACAUCCAGGAAAUCUUCCAGACUCUUUAUUCACAUGGAUCGGCUAUCUCUGAAAGUAAAAUCCGGGAGUUUGAAGUAGAGACAGAGAGACUAAAUAGCCGUAUUGAGCACCUGAAAUCCCAAAAUGACUUGUUGACGAUAACACUGGAAGAGUGCAAGAGCAAUGCUGAGAGGAUGAGCAUGCUUGUUGGGAAGUAUGAGUCCAAUGCCACAGCCCUUCGGCUUGCAUUGCAGUACAGUGAACAGUGCAUAGAAGCAUAUGAGCUGCUGUUGGCAUUGGCAGAAAGUGAGCAAAGUCUCAUUCUUGAGCAAUUCAGAGCUGCAGGAGUUGGUUCUGUUGGUGACCAGACAGGUGAUGAAAACAUCACUCAAAUGCUUAAGAGAGCUCAUGACUGCAGGAAGACAGCUGAGAACGCAGCAAAAGCCUUGCUGAUGAAACUGGAUGGGAGCUGCGGGGGAGCCUAUGCAGUCACUGGCUGUAGUGUGCAGCCCUGGGAAAGCCUCUCAUCAAACAGCCACACGAGGUAACUCACAGCUCAUCUGCUUUCCUG